AUUACUGGUUAGCACGUUCACCUCACACCUCUAGGGUCGGGGGUUCGAUUCCCACCGUGGCCCUGUGUGUGUGGAGUUUGCAUGUUCUCCCCGUGCUGCGGGGAUUUCCUCCGGGUACUCCGGUUUCCUCCCCCAGUCCAAAGACAUGCAUGGUAGGCUGAUUGGCAUGUCCAAAGUGUCCGUAGUGUAUGAAUGGGUGUGUGAAUGUGUGUGUGAUUGUGCCCUGCGAUGGAUUGGCACCCUAUCCAGGGUGUACCCCGCCUUGUGCCUGAUGCUCCCUGGGAUAGGCUCCAGGUUUCCCCGUGACCCUGAAAAGGAUAAGCGGUAUAGAAGAUGGAUGGAUGGAUGGAUUUCAUUGUUUUUCUGAAAGCGCUGUCUCUUUAUUUGGAUUCACUCAAAGUAAUGAAAUCUAGGAAAGCCAAUUUACUCCAUACACUUAUGUCAGUCUGAUCAUUUAAUUGGACCCCAAUCAGAGGUUACAGUGGAUUGUCUUGUUUGUUUGUUUUCUUUCUUGUAUAAUGUAUUUAUUUGUCCAUUCAAUCGUGCUGUAAUUUUAUUUUAGUUUCUUUAUGUUAAUGACCUGUAUGCUUGUAUUUAUUUGCACCUUGCUUGCGUAUUUUGUCUUUGCUCAGUCCUAAACUGUACUUUUAUUUUAAUUUAAUUUUUUUUUGCACGUUGCCAUGUUGGUUCGAUUUGUAAUUUUGAAAAUAAAAAAUAAAUAAAUUAAAAAUACAUGCCUCAAUUGGAAAAAAAAAACUUUAUUCACAAAUUAUCUUCACUUCCGCAUAGAUCUCCGACGCGCGUUCAAGAGAGAGCCACUACGCAUGCGUGUCGUGAUGACGCAAGACCCGUCGUUCUCGCGAUACAACCGAAUCCGGAAGUGCUGCACAAAUACUGGGAUAACUUUAGUAAUCUAGUAGGAAUAUCUAGAAUAUAGUUAUUUAUCUCUCUAUUUUCUUUUAUUUAUGUAUUAUUGUUUUGGUAUUAUUAUUAUUAUUAUUAUUAUUAUUAUUAUUAUUAUUAUUAUUAUUAUUAUUUAUUUUUUCCCCCAUUUUAUUUUAUUUUUUCUGCCAACCUACUGCCCAUAAUCCAGUCCAGUAGGUGGCGGUAAUGCAUCUUUAGUUGGUUUGCCAACCGCCAUUAAAACAAAAAGAAGAAGAAGCAGGACGUGCUGCACUGUUAAAUAGCCGAGGAAGAGGGCCGGUGUAUGCAAGUGUCGUUCGUUACAGUUUAUUUUGCAAAAAUGGUGUUAAAGUGUGCGUUUCCUGGAUGCCAGAACCUUGAGAAAUCAGCGAGAGUACGCAAAAGUGCAUUCCCGAGUCCGCCAGAUGAAAGGCUGACCUUUCACAGAUUCCCAGUGAAUGAUCCUGAGCGCCUGAAGCUGUGGCUGCUCUCUGUUCAUCAGGACAUCACUUUACCCCUUCACUGUGUCAGACAGAUGAGGCUGUGCAGUCAACAUUUCACACCAGACGAUUUUAGAGCAGAUGAGGGGAAGAUACGACGGUAUCUGAAGAAAACUGCUGUUCCUGUGAUGUUUAUACAACACUUCAAGCAGGAGGACUGUGAGAGGGAGUUAAAAGCAGAGUUACUGUCGCUUGCUUGUGAGACGUCUCCUAAAAGAGAAAGUUCACCUACUCCAGUCACAACAUGUUCUGAGGUGGAAAAAAGCUCAUGGCUUAAAGUCAUGCAGGACUGCCAGAGUUGUGGCCACGACAGCGAUUUGAAGAGUCACCCAGCCUCAGCCGAACCUGCACAGACGUUCAUUAAUGGGUCAGAACAUACACUGAAGUGUGAAGAUGAUAAGGAGGUUGUGGUUCAGAUCGUGUCGUCAGAUAACGAGUGCAGUGAGCAGGUGUUUAUCGAAAAGGACGGGUCAUAUUUAUCUAGUGAUGAUGAAGAAGCAAGUCUGCAGGAAGAGGAAGUGAAAAAGAAACGAAAGAGGAAGUCUAAAAGUAAAGACAGUUCAGAUGAGUGGGAGCCAGGUUUAGAUGAAGAGGCCACAGACUCCGAUGUGUCCAAUGAGGAAACUUUAAAGGAGGACGGUCAGGGAAACCUUGUGGUGUGGUGUAUACCAUGUGGGACCGAGGCCUCGCUCUCCUGUUCUGUUCACGGACACAAAAAAGUGUUCUGCUGCGCUCGGUGCGGUGCAGGUGACGACAUUCAAACACGUAAUAUUGAAACACUUCCUGUUCGGUUUGAUGACGUCGCCGGGUUUCAGAAACAUGCUGAACAGGAGCACGGAGCCAAACCUUUCUAUACACUGUGUCAGGACUGUGGCAAGUUUUUUACAGCAAAAAAAGAGCAUGUAUGUGAACAUAAAAUCAAAUUUAUCGUCUGUCCAGAGUGCGGGAAAAGGUUCCUCUCCGAGGCCGGCUUAAAGUUGCACCGCACUCAGCUCCAUUCGGAUUACGAUCACCCGUGUAAAUUCUGUCUGAAGGUCUUCAAAACCAAGUCUGCAAAACUGGAACACGAGCAGACUCAUCCUAAAGAAAGUCAACCAUACCGCUGUCCAGAUUGUCCAAAAAGGUUUUCCAACAUUCAUAAACGUAACAGACAUGUCCGGUCCCAUAGAGGUUCACAAAAAAAUGUGUGUGACGUAUGUAAGAAGAGCUUUAAGGAUGCGUACAGGCUGAAGAGGCAUAAGCUCAUCCACUCUGGAGAACAGCCUUUCAAAUGCCAAGUGUGUGAGCGUUCCUUCAACCAGAUGGUAAACCUCACUUCCCACAUGCGGGUCCACACUGGAGAGAAACCUUUCACGUGUGAGCAAUGCGGAGAGUCGUUCAGUCACAACGUCAGCCUGAGGAACCACAAGCAACGACACCAUGACUCAGGAGGACAAAGCGAUGAAUGACUCAGAGCAGGAUGUCCCCAAGAAAAUGCAGGGCCACUAGAUCUCCUCUUUUGUUUCAUUUCACUAGAAAUAUUGAAGAAGAUUUGGUGCGAUAACAUUUUGAAAUGUGACUGGGAAUUAUAUUCAGACAAGCCACAUUUAAAUGAAUAGAGCAUGUUUUAUCUGAAUCUUUUCCCUAUCCUGA